AUGGAAACGUUGGAUAAAGACGCUCGAUACCAAUGGUUAGAAAGUCGAAUUGUGUCAACACUACAACCAAAACGUGAUGCAAUUCAAAGUCUAAUCGAAAAUGAUGAAAAUAGAUUAAGUGUCCAAGAAUUCCUUGAUAAUGAAGAUGUGACAAAUUUGUACAUAAUCUAUCGUUCGUUAACGCACUUGUACGCUCAAAAUAGUCCACCUGGACAAUCGUUCGACAAAGGACUCCUCUUUAUUAAAGCUGCAAUAGCAACGAAAUUAACAACUGAAAAUAUCAAUACGGAUGUCUCAUGUAUGGAAAUAUUUUCUGAAAUUGUACAUUAUGUCGAUUUGGUUACACGUGACGUGUUUAUGCCAUUAUUUACAAUGAAUCAAUCUGUACCAGAUACAGAAAAAGAUCGAUUUUUAGAUUUAUUUCAUCGAAUUAUAAAUCAAACAGCUGCUACACAUACACUCGUUUCUGAAUCAGUUGUUUUACCAUUACCAGCAUUUAACGUUUUAGCAGAAAUUGCACAAACAACACCGGAAAGACAACAAACAGUAUUGAAUGUACUGGAAACAACUGUAACAAAUUGGAGUAAACAAAUCAAAGCAUUGUUGCAAGAAGAAAUUAAAAUAUCGUGGGCACCAUUGUUAUCGCCUGAUGAUAAAAAUUCGCAGCAACAACAACAUUUAAUUAAAAAUGAAAUUCAAUUGUGGACCAGUCGAAUAAAUAAAUUAAACAAUUUACUUGUACAAUUAGACUCUCCAUUUGUUCAAGAUGUAUUGAGAAAUCUAGCAAGAAAUAAAAGUCCAUACAUCCAAUCAUUUGUCGACAUGAAAGAAAAUAUAACUAGAGCUGUAUCACAUGCUGAGCGAAAUUUAAGAUUUGCGAGUACAUUGACACCGUGGAUCUAUCAGAUCAACAGUACAAAUUCUGUGGAAGAAAUUGUGAAAAUAUUACCGUGUUUUAUGCAUACAGUUUUCCUCAUAUGGAGACAUUCAUUUUAUUAUCAUCAAAAAGAUAAAUUUCAUCAUUUAUUACAAUUGUUAUCGGCCGAACUUGUUCUAAGAGCAAAACGAAUGAUUGGAAAAGAUAUAUUCUCUAAUCCAGAGAGUACAUAUGCUGGUCUGAAAGAUGCCUUGUCAAUUUGUGCAAUGUUUCGUGGUACAUAUUUGGAUUACAAAGAAAAAGCGGAUGCUUUAAAUUCAAAAUAUAUGAUACCAGAGAAAAAAAUUGAUCCCAGUAAAAUGUUAAUCUGGCAUGUUCAUCCCUAUGGUGAAGAUGAUCCAUACAAAGAUAUUCUAUCGAACAAUGAUGAAUUUGCUGUAUUGAGAAAAUCAAGUCCCUGGCCACCGAGAAAUGCGUCCUGUUUUCAAACAUUGAACGCUUUAAUUGAAAGAUGUAAUGAUGUUCAAGAAUUAACAUCCACAAUUCGUCAAUUUAACAUUUUAUCUGAAACAGCAAAAAUUGGUGGAACAUUAACAAAGACAAUGGAUACGAUGGUAUCUGAAAUACAAUUAAAAUAUAAACUAGCUUUAGAAAAUUUUACACAAUCGGUAGACGAUGAUGUAAUGGACAUUUCACAUAAAUCAGAAAAAUUUGAACAAGCUUUUUUCUAUUUACGUACAAAAUUAAAACAAUUGGAACAUGAAUUAGCUUGGAUAUUAAAACAAUGUUUUCAACGUUCAUAUACAUUGUAUUCAAAAUUAAAUUUAAUUGAUGUAUUUCGUGGUGCAUACGAACGAGAAGCAAUACAACGUGAAUUAAAUACCGAAGAAAAAUGGAUGAUACAAAAUUUAUUUGAUGAAUUUGAACAAGUGCAAAAAAUGAUUGGAAUACAAUCAACGGAAUCAGCUGCCUAUACUUAUUUGCCAACAACCAUAAGAAAAUUAUUGUAUUAUCAUGGAUUGAAAGAACGAAUAAGAGAACCAAUGCAACAGUUUACCGACUUAUGUCCAAGAAUAAUAAAUAGUGAUACUGGAUGGGAAUUGAGAGAAGCCUAUCGUGUUACUAUGGAAAAAAUUGAUGCAGUAAAAGAUGAAAUAUACGCAAGAUGGGAAACAUCGGCAUCAAGUCAAAUAUCUGAUCAACUAUUACAACCCGUUUUUAAAACUAUUAUAUUUGAUGAAACAGUUGAUAUUCGUGCUCAAGCAGUUGAAGUUAAUUUUGAUCCAGAAUUAGAAUGUUUAUUGAGAGAAAUUCAUUAUAUAACAAGUGCUCCAUUAAAUUAUCCAUUACCAUCAAAAUUUCGUGAAUUAUUACCAAUUAUUCAUGAUGACAGUUCAUUUCGAUUAUGGGCCACUCGUCUACGAGCAAUAGUAUCAAAAUAUAAUUAUCUUAUGAGACAAAUGCAACCAGAAGAACGAAAUAUAUUUGAACCAAAAUUAGUUAAAAUAGAUGAGAUUAUUCGUAAAGGUACAACAUUGUAUAAUUGGAAAAGUCUUGAUUUAUCUGAUUUUAUUGAACAAGCUGAUGGUCUUAUUUGUUUGGAUGCUGCUAAAUCUUUAGAAAUAGUACAAGCACAUGUAAAUACUAUACGUUCAUUAGCCUAUGAAUGGUCAAAUAUUAAUUCAGAUAUAUUUGCAUAUUAUGUUGUCAAUGAUGAAGGACAAACAUCACUAUGUAAAACAUUUAAAAAUGCACAACAAAUGCAAACCGAAGCAGCACCCGCUUGGCAAGAAUAUAUUGAUUAUAUUAAUGAAAUGAUCUUAAACGGUAUUAAAGCAACAACGUUAAUUAGUUUGAAAAAUAUGCUUAUCACAAUGACAGAUGAACAGAAAAAAAUUCCGCCAAUCUGUAUACUCGUAGAAUUAAUUGAUGAUCAAUUAACUUAUGAUCCUCCAUUAGUCGAAGAGACAAGUCAAUUGAGUUUACAAGAGAAUUUAAAUUUAUGGAUGAAUGAUUUUAUUCAACGGGGAUUAUCUAUUGAAAUUCUUGGAAAUAAUAAGAUGACCUAUUCAAAUUCCAUUUCUCAAGAUUCACUUGUCAUUGAUUUAAUUGAUAAAAUUCGUUCUUAUAUUGAUGGUGCUUGUUUAGAAUGUCAAAAAUUAUUUACAUUUUUUGAUGAAUAUUCAUUUUUAUAUCGAUUACCGGUCAAUCAAUCGUUUGAACAUUUUUUACAUGGUGAAAAACGUAUUGCAUCCAAAGAACCAACAAAUAAAAGAAAUUUUAUUAAUGAACAUGAUGCAGGAAGACGGUAG